AUGCAGGACAUGCUCCUCCAGGCGGCGUGCAAUGGCGACCUCCGCCUCUUCAAGAGGCUGGUGCGAGCUCUCGACAAGGGAAGAGGCCGCCUCAGGGAGGCGGUCGAAGCGGCAAGGACGGACCGCGGCGACCGGGCCCUUCACCUCGCCGCGGGCUGCGAGCAGCUGGAGGUGUGCAGCUACCUGGUCGAGGGGCUGCGCGUGGACGUGAACGUCGUCGACGACGAGGGUAGAACACCUCUGGUUUAUGCGGUGGUCAGUGAAAACGCUGCUGUUGUCAAGUAUCUUCUUGAUCAUGGUGCUGAUCCAAACAAAGUUGACAAUGAUGGGCUAGCUCCUCUACAUUCUGCUGCUGGAAUAGGAGACUGUGAAAUGGUAGAGCUGUUGGUUGCAAAGGGAGCUUAUGUAGAUCCGUUAGCUGAUGAAUGUGGGACACCACUGCACCUUGCUGCUAAGGAAAGGCAAGCUGGUACUAUGAAGAUUUUAUUGGACCACAAAGCAGAUUGCAACAAGACAUACAUGAUAUAUGGACUGUAUGGUAUGACACCCCUCUUUCAGGCUAUAAAUGUUUCAUCAGUGAAAUGUGUGAAGCUCCUGGUUGAGGCUGGUGCUGAUGUCAGUUCAGAUUGUGUCUUAACUUCUUUAACUGAUUCUAAUCUUGGAAAUGAGGGCUCAACUGAGUGUUUAAAUUUCUUACUGGAUGCUAUUGCCAGUAGUAAUGUUCCUGAUGAUGAUCAUGUGAAGAAAAGGAAAAUAGCACUGAAGUCACUAGGGAGCAAGGCAGUUGAGAAAGAGGAUUAUUUUUCUGCAUCAUCAUUCUACAGUAAGGCAAUGGAUCUUGACCCUGAUGAUGCUACCUUGUUCUCAGACAGGAGCCUUUGCUGGCUUCGUAUGUGUGAUGGACAAAAGGCUUUACUGGAUUCUCUUGCAUGCAGAGAAAUGCGGCCUGACUGGCCAAAGGCCUGCUAUCGGCAGGGUGCAGCUCUGAUGUUACUGAAUGACUACAAGAGUGCAUGCGAAGCGUUUUUCGAUGGAUUUAUGUUGGACCCAGAGAAUACUGAAAUUGAGAAUGCACUAAGGCAAGCAAUAUAUCCUCGAGAUGCUGGUAGAACACAUCAGUACUUCAUCUGA